AGAACAAAUGCUUUAUGAUUAUACUUAUAUGAGUUAUCUAAAGUAGUCAAAUUCAUAGGAACAGAGAAUGGUGGUUACCAGGGACUCACUUUCAAUUGGUUAAGUUUCAGUUACGAAAGACGAAUAAGUUCUAGAGAUAUACUGUACCACAUAGUACGUAUAGUUAGCAACAAUACGUUGAUCACUUUAAAGUCUGCUAGGAGGGUAGAUCUCAUGUCAAGUGUCUUACUUGCCCCCUGCUCCCAAAAUAAAGGUACUUAAGAAAAACUUUGUAGAUGAUAAACAUGCCUACUAUCUUCAUUGGGUGAUGGUAUUACGAAUGUAUGCAUAUGUCCAAACUCAUCAAAUUGUAUACGUUAAAAAUGCAGUUUUUUUGUAUAUAAACUAUACCUCAAUAAAGCCAUUGUAAUAAAUCUCCAAUAUAGCAUCUAUUAAUGGUCAUCACUCCAACAUAAUUUGAAGAAAUGAAAAUUAUAAUAUAAACCACGACAUAGCUAUUUGUUUCGAACAAAAAAUAAAUAUAUUAAUAAUUAAUCUUCUUAAAGAAGAAAAAUAUUUAGUGUAGAAUUAUUCAGUGUGUUGCUGGUUUUGUGUCUUCUUAGAAAUGUAAUAGCAGGCUGUAUAUACAAGAUCCAUUUUCAUAUAAAUAGAUUACAAUGGUCCAUUAAUUUUUUAAGUAUUUAUCUGUAGUCAACUGAAAAUAUAUUUUCGACGCGCCUCGCAUGGGCCCAGGGGGCGGGGGUUUGGGUGGCUGCCCUCAGUAUUGCCUGCACAAAUAUCUACCAAGUCUGCGACGAAUAGCUCCAGCAACUUUGCACCGUGUUUUCCAGUAAGCCUACCGACAGGCACUGUGCAGAUUCAAGCGGAGAGAAGUCCAAGCACUGAGGCCGCUGCUGCACCAGCCAUCCUGAGCCCCUAGUCGACCUUCCGGCCUCCGCUUCCCCGCCCCGCACUAGGACCCCUGCAGACGAUCAGGCGGAAGCCGGGGUGACUUUCUUCCUCUUUUGGCAACAUGGCGGGCGGAGAAGCUGGGGUGACUCUGGAGCAGCCGCACCUUUCGCGUCAGGAUCUCACCACCUUGGAUGUUACCAAGUUGACGCCACUUUCACACGAAGUUAUCAGCAGACAAGCCACAAUUAAUAUAGGUACAAUUGGUCAUGUAGCUCAUGGGAAAUCCACAGUCGUCAAAGCUAUUUCUGGAGUUCACACCGUCAGGUUCAAAAAUGAACUAGAAAGAAAUAUUACAAUCAAGCUUGGAUAUGCUAAUGCUAAGAUUUAUAAACUUGAUGACCCAAGUUGCCCUCGGCCAGAAUGUUAUCGAUCUUGUGGGAGCAGUAUGCCUGAUGAGUUUCCUACAGACAUUCCAGGGACCAAAGGGAACUUCAGAUUAGUCAGACAUGUUUCCUUUGUUGACUGUCCUGGCCACGAUAUUUUGAUGGCUACUAUGCUGAACGGUGCAGCAGUGAUGGAUGCAGCUCUUCUGUUGAUAGCUGGUAAUGAAUCUUGCCCUCAGCCUCAGACAUCUGAACACCUGGCUGCUAUAGAGAUCAUGAAACUGAAGCAUAUUUUGAUUCUACAAAAUAAAAUUGAUUUGGUAAAAGAAAGGCAGGCUAAAGAACAAUACGAGCAGAUCCUUGCAUUUGUCCAAGGUACAGUAGCAGAGGGAGCUCCCAUUAUUCCAAUUUCGGCUCAGCUGAAAUACAAUAUUGAAGUUGUUUGUGAGUACAUAGUAAAGAAAAUUCCAGUACCCCCAAGAGACUUUACUUCAGAGCCCCGGCUUAUUGUUAUUAGAUCUUUUGAUGUCAACAAACCUGGCUGUGAAGUUGAUGACCUUAAGGGAGGUGUAGCUGGUGGUAGUAUCCUAAAAGGAGUAUUAAAGGUGGGCCAGGAGACAGAAGUAAGACCUGGUAUUGUUUCCAAAGAUAGUGAAGGAAAACUCAUGUGUAAACCAAUCUUUUCCAAAAUUGUUUCACUUUUUGCGGAGCAUAAUGAUCUGCAAUAUGCUGCUCCAGGCGGUCUUAUUGGAGUUGGAACAAAAAUUGACCCCACUUUGUGCCGGGCUGACAGAAUGGUGGGGCAAGUACUUGGUGCAGUCGGAGCUUUACCUGAGAUAUUCACAGAAUUGGAAAUUUCCUAUUUCCUGCUUAGACGGCUUCUAGGUGUACGCACUGAAGGAGACAAGAAAGCAGCAAAGGUUCAAAAGCUGUCUAAGAAUGAAGUGCUCAUGGUGAACAUAGGAUCCCUGUCGACAGGAGGGAGAGUUAGUGCUGUCAAGGCCGAUUUGGGUAAAAUUGUCUUGACCAAUCCAGUGUGCACAGAGGUAGGAGAAAAAAUUGCCCUUAGCCGAAGAGUUGAAAAACACUGGCGUUUAAUUGGUUGGGGUCAGAUAAGAAGAGGAGUGACAAUCAAGCCAACAGUAGAUGAUGACUGAAGAACACCGGUUAAAUAAUACAUUCGGAUGGAGCUGGAAGUUGGAAUUUCUCUUUAACAACCAAGGGGUUUAUUUUCAAAGCGAUAUUGGGGAACUGAUUUCACAGUUUGUUACCUUAGUAGGUAGCUGUAAGGUUAUUCUCUCUUUUUUUUUUUUUGGUUAUGAAAACUUAGGGACUACAAUUAAUAUAAAAAUUGGCAUAAUGUUGGAUUGAAUCUACAUUUUGGCAGAAGUUAAGCAUUCCCACAUAAUGUCAAAAUUAUACAUUAUGCAGUUUUUUUGUUUGUUAGUUUUAUUUUGUUUUGUUUUUGAGUCUGGCUCUGUCACCUAGGCUGGCAUGUAGUGGCAUGAUCUGCAACCUCUGCCUCCCGGGUUCAAGCGAUUCUCCUGCCUCAGCCCCCCAAGUAGCUGAGAUUACAGGUGUGUGCCACCACACCGGGCUAAUUUUUGUAUUAUUAGUAGAGACGGGGUUUCGGCAUGUUGGCCAGGCCAGUCUCUCCUGACCUCAGGGUGAUCAGCCCACCUCGGCCUCACAAAUGCUGGGAUUACAGGCGUGAGCCACCUUGCCUAGCCCACAUCAUGCAGUUUGAAAUGAAACUUUGCCACAACCAGCCUUUGCUGUAGCACACACAUGUAUCACUGAACCUGUUCGAAAUAAAGUUUUUUUUCUUUUUCA